GUCAAACACAACGUGAAAGUGAUCUAAGUGAUCGGGAAGAUAGCAGACAUCAGCUCAUCUGUAUUACUAUUCCUUGCUUGUCUUUCAGACCCUAGAAACAAAGAUCAAUGAUGAACAUAACAGAACUUGUGACAGCAUCCAUUGUGCCAACUCCAAAAAAUGACUGUUGUGAUGAAUAUUCUACCUCUACGGGUGACUAUUAUGAUGACAAUGGUGCAACAUUGUGUGACAAAGCAGCAGUAAGACAGUUCAGAAUGUUCUAUGAGCCUGCUUUAUAUCUGAUCAUUGUGAUUCUGGGAGCCAUUGGCAACUCAUUGGUGGUUUGGAUAUACACACACUUUCAGAACCGUCUAAAGGCUAUGACGGAUGUGUAUCUUCUGAACCUGGCUCUGGCAGACCUAUUCUUCCUGUGCACUCUGCCCUUCUGGGCUGCUGACUCCUUCUAUGGCUGGACCUUUGGCUCGGCCCUCUGUAAAAUUGUUUCAGCCAUCUACAAGAUCAACUUCUUCAGUAGCAUGUUUCUGCUUACCUGCAUCAGUGUUGACCGCUACAUUGUAAUCGUCCAGACUACCAAGGCACAGAACUCCAAGAGGAUCCGUCUUCUAUACAGCAAGCUCAUAUGUGUUUUAGUUUGGCUCCUGGCUGUUUUAUUGGCAAUUCCAGAGUUUAUCUUUGCCCGCUCCAAAGAGGACAUUGAGGGAAAUCUCUUAUGCUCCAUGGUCUACUGGAACAAUGAAAACAACCGUACAAAAAUUCUGGUCCUGGCGCUUCAGAUCUGCAUGGGCUUCUGCAUUCCUCUCAUUGUUAUGAUUUUCUGCUACACCAUCAUCAUCCGCACCUUGCUUAAGACCAAAAACUUUCAGAAGCACAAGGCCCUGCGCGUCAUUCUGGCUGUUGUGGCAGUGUUUGUCCUCUCGCAGCUCCCGUACAACAGCAUGUUAGUCUUUGAAGCCACUCAGGCAGCCAAUAUAACCGUCACAGACUGCACAGAGGCCCAACGUUUUGAUAUUGCCAACCAAGUCUUGAAGAGUCUUGCCUACAUGCACAGCUGUCUAAACCCAUUCCUUUAUGCCUUCAUUGGCGUGCGUUUCCGAAGGGACAUGAUUCGUAUUUUCAGUAACUAUGGCUGUAUUCAAUCCCUCAAGAAGUCCAAGCUGCAGGGAAGCCUACACCGCUCCUCGGUUUUGACAGACACAGACACAACCAAUGCUCUCUCAUUGUAAAACUAUCUCAGAACACUUGUUAGUGAGACUUUCUUAGCAUGAACUUCUGUUUCACUGCAGGUGCUUGGCAUCUGAAUUUCAAAACAGAAGUUUGAUUUUGGCCAUUGUUCCACAGUAGUACUUCACAUGCUUGAAAACAUAUAGUCUGGUAGAGGGUGAAAUAACCUGCACACCACGAUGUGAUGGCUGCCACCUUAAAUAUAGAAUGACAGAGUUAUUUUUGUUUGACUAACUGUUAAUAUGAAUGUUGAAUCCAGAUCAAGUAAUUGUGAAUUAAUGAACAGUGGUUCCCCAGGGAGAGUGCGUGUUUCCUGAUUUCUUACUUACUGUAACAGUACUUUCCAUCUGUUGUUCAUCGUAAAAUUUUUUCUACAUUUUCUACAUCAUUGCAUGAAUGUUUUUUUUUCUGCAAAAAAUGUUAGGAAUGUUUAUAAAAGUUAUAAUAUGAUGAUAUUGAUAUGUUGGUGUCUUUUCAUAACUGCACAUUUAUAACUGUGUAUAUAUCUGUUUUAGGUUUUGAAUAAUGACUUAAAGCCAAAUUUGUACAUACAUGGUUGUCUUUGUGUCUGUGCUUUUUGGUGUAAUGUGAAAACCAAACACAGUGUGAAUAAGUAUUUGCUGCUCAUUUUGUAAAACUUCUAACUAAAUAUUAAAUACAAAACAUCACUGAAACCUGAUGAAAA